AUAUCAAUGCACCGAUCUUGGUGGAUGGAGAAUGGACCAGGAUGUACGGUGACGUCAGUGACACCCGCCCCAGACUGGGCCCCAGAAGACCAUCGCUACAUCACGGUCUCAGGGUGUUUGCUGGAGUACCAGUACAUAGAAGUGGCUCAUAGUUCCCUCCAGAUUGUCCUCGCACUGGCAGGUUUCAUCUACGCCUGUUAUGUUGUGAAAUGUAUAACUGAAGAAGAGGACAGCUUUGAUUUCAUAGGUGGCUUUGACUCUUAUGGCUAUCAAGGGCCUCAGAAGACAUCUCAUUUACAACUACAGCCUAUGUACAUGUCAAAAUAAUACAGAUGACUUCAGUAUGUCAGCCCACGAAACUUUCAAAGAACUUUUUUCGCAGUGGCCUCCUGCAUUUUAUGAAGAGCAAGAAGCAACCGAGUUUAAAUACAUAUACGUAUUAACAAAACAAAUGCAAAGCCUCUACAUACAACACUGACACACAUACACGCACACACACACACACGCACACACACACACGUGAGCACGCACACACCAAUUCCACUUGACCUCCUCUUUCUAACUGAAACAGACAAAUAUGCAGGACACGCCCAUCUUGGAUUUCCUGAAAGCAGGCUCCUUUCUCCCAGGCCUUUGGAAAGUUCAAAAGGAGAUGUGUUGAUGCCCAACGGUUGCUGGCCAUUGCUAACUCCUCUGCAGCCCAGCCGGUCGGCCUCUGUGAGCUGGGAAGUCAUCCAAGGCACAUUAGUUUGAGAGCUCUGUCUUCUGCACUCCACACAUCUUGACAGCACCACGGCUACUUAGGCAAUGUAAUUGCAAAAACAAACAAAACAUGUCAUGAUGACCUUGUACCCGAAGUCCGAAAUGGCAGAUUGUUUGCCCUAAAGGCUGUACCGUACAUACUUGCCUUAACCCACCUAUGUUGUGUGCCCAAGAAUCUCAGUGCAGACAGCCCCAAGUCACUUCCUUUAGGCUAACACACUGCUAUUAAUUCUGAAUGAGUUCAAGCCUGUGUGUUUCAUGUCAAGGAACAAGACUGAAUAGCUCAGCAGCUCCAGUGUGUCUGUAUAAGAAAAGUGCCAGCUGUCAGCAAAGUGCUUUACCAUAGAGCCUCCAUGGUGGCCCAAAAGAGACAAGUAACAAUAACAAUAUUUGUCAUCUUUGUAAUUCUAAAAUAUGGUCUUCUGAUGGGGUUGGGGAUGGGACAGAGUAAAACAUUAAUCUACUAAACUCACUAAUCUACUGGAAGCAGAAAGCAGAAAUGGCUUAACUCGCUGAUUUUAUUUAUUGCACUCUAGGUGCUUUUAUAAGUAUCUACAAUUGUCUUUUACUAACACAGAAACAGCUGUGGAUUUCUAUCAACAGAGGCCAACUGAAUAUGUAUUAGCUAUGUUUACUCUUUUAUAUCUAAUUCAAAUUGAAGACUCUACGUAGGUGAACUUUUUUUUCUAACUUCAGCGUACAAGAUUAUUUUUGGGUGGGUGGGGGGAGCAAUAGUUACCUUGGUGAAAUAUUUGAGACCUUUUUGUGGUAUUUGGGGGAUCUGUUGUGUGUUAGAGUGUAUUUCAAUCCUCCUGUAUUAUUGUGGCAGAAAAAAAACUGUGCUGUUAACGUAGUUGGCAACAAGAUGCCUUUGGAAACUUAAUAGUAGGUCAAUGUGUUUAUGGAAUAUUCUGAACUCCUAGGAAAUUUUGUUCUAUAUUUUAAAGCAUUAUUUGGUUUUCAUUAGUGGAAAACAUAAUUAGCUCAGGCUUAUCAGGAACUCAGAUGAGUCGUAUCUUUUCUUGGAUACACCUGAGACAUUAAACUCAAUUUUUUGAAACUAACACACCAUUCUUUAGUGCAGUGAAAUUCAGAAGUUAUAAAUUGGCAUGGAGCAAGUUUUUUCUUUGAUUUCUAUGAAGUUUCAGUUAUUGGAUUAAACUACUUUGGACCUUAGCCCAUUCAGAUCUACAUACACCAGUUCCAUUACUGUGUUUGCAUGGAUGUCUGUAAUAUACACACACAGAAACAUUUGAAAAUGAUAGAGGAACAAAGAGUUAUCAUUGGAACAUAAACUAUAAAAAAAGAUUCCAGCACUCAUGCUUGAAUUUCCUCAGUGGGUUGUAUGUUUGUCCAUACAUACAUGUAUAAAAUAAACAAUUGCGAACAUGUCAGUGAAACCUCAUAAGACGCUUUUAUAGUGACAUGCAUGUUUAAUGUAUGAGAAAAAUAUUUACCAAUGUAUUGUCCUUUGAUUCCUAAAAUAUAAAUACUAUACAUGCCACAAACUAUUCUAAUGUGACUUUUAAUGUGACUAUUAAAAUGAGGUUUCACUGUACGUUCAUGCUGUGGUGACAUUUCACCUUACACUACAUGUAUAUGGCUACAGAAAAUAAGCCCUCAUAUUCCUGCUUUCAGUUACAGCCAAGUUUUCACCAAAUCAUGACUAUCAUCACCACCAAAAUUUUAAAAAACAGUAGUUGACUACUAAAAAGUAAUAGGUGGACAGGUCUUUUAUGGGAGUAGUAAGCACAGUAGUGUGAUUAUAUCUGGGAAAACAUCUACAGUUGUACAGCUGUAUCCUCCUCAAAAUCCGGUGAAGAAUGCUAUUUUUCUAGGCUGAGCUUUUGUUAUAAACCUAAUAUUCAGAAGGCAAGAGUUAUGAUCCUGAUGUGUCCUUUUUUUUGCAUUUGUUAAUUCUGAAUGUAUUUUUAACAGAGUGAUUUUUUUGACUUACUCGUGUAAUUUGCAUUUUAAAAAUAAAUGGAAAAAUGCUUAA